AAAUUAAAGCAUCAAUCAAAUCAGGAGCAGGAACUGAUGAGAUAUACGAACCAAAGUUGUGGUACUUCAAAUUAUUCAGAUGACCAAGAUACGCCUCGAAGCAGUCGCUCCAACAUAGAUAGUGACGAUGAUACUGACAUUGAGGAAUUCGCUACUCAUAAUACAACGCAGGAAAAUCAUAGCGAAGAUAUUAUUACUCCAUCAAUAAUCACAACACAGGAUGAUAAUUUAACAGAACUUUCGGAUACUUCAGUACAGACGCGACGCAGUUGUCCCUCUAAACAAAGUCGAGUGGAUCAAGAAUCGUUGACUAAUGAAAUUUUAUUAACUGUGAAAGAUCACUUCAAGAAACCACACGUUCAAAAUGAUCGUUUCGAUAUUUUUGGAAAAAAUGUUGCAAUGAAAUUGCGUGGACUCCCAAAGCAACAAAUGCUAAUUGCCGAAAAGCUAAUAAACGAAACUUUGUUUCAAGCGGAGAUGGGAACUUUAACUUUAUUCCAUAAAUUAGUGUAUGAACAGCAACACUUGCCACAUCAAUUUAUUCCCUAUCAACCACCAAUUUCUACCGGUUUAGGUAUUAUUAGUCCCUCUUCCAGCACUACCGUCAACUUUAUCAGGAGCAAGAACAAUAUCAGAAAGGAUAAUCUUAAUUAAUAAUCACCGUGUUAAAAUGACAUACUGUAGUUUUGUUUUAAAUUUUAAUUAUGUCAUUCUAACAUGGUGAUUAUUAAGAUUACCCUUUCUGAUAUUGUAAUUUGUAUAUGUUUAUACAGUAUGUAAUUUGGCAUUUUUUGUACGUUAUGACAAUAAAUAUCUAUUAAAAAGAAAAGUUUGUUCAUGCCUUUAAAUAAUCUUUAUAAAGGACUUUGUAAAUAGCAUCACAUGCUUCAGGUAUGAUGUAGCCAAGGGCUUGAGCUGAUAUUACUGUUGAAAAUUUGAGAUCUUCAAAACUUCUGCCAGUUGCCAAAUAUUUUAAGGUCGCCGUGAGCCUCUCAUGUGGUGGAAUUGCUGUUCGCAUUACAGUAUCUUGUUUUUUUAUAAUUGGUGUAACCAAUGAUAAUAGAUUUAAAUACGUUUCUUCGUCCAUUCUUAAAUAGUUGUGCCAAUCUUUAGGUACUAACUUCAAUUCUGAGAUCAGGUUCACGUGGGAAUACGAUCCUCUUUUUUUAAGCCACUCUUUACACCAUAGACUUCUAGGCACAUGUUUUUUUCUGGCGAGUUUUUAAUACAAUUUGUUGCUAAUAAACAUCCCAGCACAGCCAGUAUGUCGUCAUCAGAUGCCAUGGUUGACUGACUGACUGAGAGAAUUUGUUCCUCGUGUGUGGGCGAUAGGAAAUUCUGAAUUUUCUCAAGGUCAGGCAUGCACGAUUAUUCGUGAGGGGAUUUUCUUAACGUGUCUGGAAACGCGUUUCCAGAAUACAGUAUAAGCCACUUUGAAAGAGCCACGUGAUAGAGCAAACGAUAUCCUAUUAUUAACACGUCAUUAGGUUAUUUUAGUAAUUGUUUUGUUGGCCCUGAGUAAUUACAGUAAAGCGUAAUGGUG